AUGGGCAUCAGAAAUCAUUCCACAGUGACUGGGUUGCUUCUUUCAGGACUAAGCAACCAACCCUAGCUUCAGCUGCCUCUUUUCUGCCUCUUCUUAGGGAUUUAUGCAGUUACAGUGGUGGGAAAUCUCGGCAUGAUCUCAAUAACUGGCUUGAGUUCUCAACUCCACACCCAUUUCCUCAGUAGUUUGUCUUUUUUAGAUGUGUGCUAUUCUUCUGUUACUACCCCCAGAAUGUUGGCAGGCUUUUUACCCAGUGACAAAACUAUCUCCUUCUCUGGAUGUGUGACUCGGCUAUUUUUUUUCUGCAUUUUUGUCAUUUCCAAGUGCUACAUAUUAGCUGCCAUGGCCUACGAUCGCCUCCGCAGCCCCCUGCUCUACCAUGUCAUCAUGUCCCCUCGGGCCUGCUCUCUGCUGGUGGCUGCUGGCUUCUCAGUAGGAUUAACUGAUGCAAUGAUUCAUGGAGGUUGCAACUUAAGGCUGACUUUCUGUGGCCCAAACGUCAUUAAAUAUUAUUUCUGUGACAUCAUCCCACUUAUUCAACUCUCUUGUUCAAGCACUUAUAUUGAUGAGCUUUUGAUUUUCAUUGGUGGAUUUAACAUGGUAGCCACCAGCCUGACAAUCAUCAUUUCUUAAGGCUUCAUUCUCUCCAGCAUCCUCCGCAUCCACUCUGCCCAGGGCAGGUCCAAGGCCUUCAGCACCUGCAGCUCCCACUUGACAGCCGUUCUUAUAUUUUAUGGAACUCUCAUGUCCAUGUAUCUCAAACCUGCCUCCAGCAGUUCACUCAUCCAGGAGAAAGUGUCCUCGGUAUUUUACACCAUUAUGAUUCCCAUGUUGAAUCCCCUGAUAUACAGUCUGAGGAACAAGGAAGUGAAAUAUGCAUUCAGGAAACUCUUA